AUGAAAACUGCUCAUCUUGGUUCGAGCACGAGUUUUUCUAAGGGCAAAAUAAUUGUGCUUGGCAAUAAUUCAUCGACACAGAACGGAAUAACAGCCCUCAAAUCAAAGUUUGCAAAUCCCUCUAUUUAUCGUGAUCCAUCUUCCCUUCCUUCAUUUCAACAAGUUGAUAAAUCAACAAAUGCACAACCUAAUACAGAAAAUACAGAAUCCUCAGAGGAUGAAGAGGAAGAAGUAAUUUCUUCUUCAAGGUUUCACAAUGUACAAUCAACUAUCAAUACUACCAAUUCUUCCCUAAAUACUACCUUCUCUGGAUUUUACCACAAAUUAAUAGGAAGAGAAAGGAGGAGACCUCAGUGUACACCUCCGAUUAGAACUGUUAUAUCAGUGGGAUUCCUCAAAGAACACUUCGAAAAUCAAGUAGAAUUGGAGAAACAACGUCAAAGUUUUAGUUCAUCAAAAUCAAAUCAUCAACCACAGCAGGACGAAAUAUUGGAUACAACAAGCAAGAAACAGGAACAAGAAAAACAGUCAACAAAACCUAAGGUGUCGUGGGAAGACGAUCCACCAAUUAAUAAUAAUACAUCAAGGAGAAAUCAAAUGAAUGAUAUGAAAAAAUCUCAACCCCUUAAUGUAUUGGAAUCCGAUUCAAAUGGGGAUAUGGAUAUUGAUAGAAGGCCCUCUAUUGGUCCAGUAAUGAGAUCAGUGUAUAUUAAAAAGGAAUCUCUUAUUGCAGAUGAAGAAUCUACAAGGACAAGAUUCCUGGGGGAAUUGGAUAAUAGAAGAAAUCUGGACUUGGACUGGAAGAAUCGACAAGUAUCAGCAAACAAACCAAGAAAAUCGAACUUGCCUUUUAAACCAACUACUUCCAUUCCAAAACUAAAUAUCAAGAAUGUUUCUUCCAAUCAACCAAGUGCACCAGUCUCUGCUCCACUCUACAAUUCCCAAACCAACACUGAAGAUCUUGCAAUUACUUCGCAACCAAAACCAGUUCAAAAACAAGUGGACAUACCCAAAGCAAACGAAUUUUCAUUCCUACAAGGAAACCAAAUGUGGAUCGAGAGGAAGAGGAGGAACCUGAGGUAA